AUGUCUGUCCAGGGCCUUGUUCCUUGGAGCGGUCUUAGCGCUGAGAUCGCCUUAAGUGAAUACGCACUUCUCCGCUGUGAUGCGGCUCCUCUGGGCUCGUCGGCCACCUCGUGUUCGCCCGAUAAUGCCCACGUGGGCGACGACAGCGACUGUGCGGUGUUCUGGCAGUGUUCGUACGGACAGUGGGUGAAGAAAGACACGUCUCCGGGCACGUGGUGGGACCCGGAGUUGAACGCACUCAACUACAUCUCUGUCGUGAAGGCCAAGAACCCGCCAUGCUAUCAAGCUCAAGAUUCCGACAAACCUGGGGGUACUGGUGGAGGAACUGGUGGAGGAACUGGUGGAAAUUCACUUGAAGGCACGAGCUGUACGACCGAGGAGUCGAAGACGGCGUACGAGGGUCGGUGCCAGUCCUACUACGUCUGUCUGAGCGGCCGGUGGACGGCGUUCAACUGCCCCGUCAUCGGCGACCAGCAGUUCUACUUCAACCCCGCGCAGGCCACCUCCACCUCCAGCUUCUGUGACCUCCCAGCUAAUGUCCUCUGCGAUGGUGGUCAAUGCAGCCCCUACACCAUGAAGCCGAACGCUCUAGACUGUACCAAGUUUGACUUCUGUUACGGAACUGUGUGGCGAACGUUCAAAUGUGAAGCUGGGAGGUACUUCAGCCAGACACACGGCGGGUGCAUUCCACGUGAGUGCACGUCUCAGCCAUGUGUGAAUGGCGGUCUGUGUGUCGAUUCGUGUAGUGGAUACGCUUGUUCGUGUCCUAAUGGAUAUUCGGGCGUCAACUGUGAAAUAGCAACAACCUCGACUUGCAGCCCCAACCCUUGUAGAAAUGGAGGUAGUUGUUUCGAGGAAUCCAGUGGAGGAUUUGGGUGUUCCUGCCCCAACGGAUAUCAAGGACCACUGUGCGAGAACACUGUCACAGAAACUACACUAGCACCGACUCCUUGCACAAACAGACCAUGUCUGAACGGAGGGACUUGCCUUGACCGAACUGACCAGUACAUCUGCAUCUGUCCGUCUGGGUUCCAAGGUGUCAACUGUGAAACCGCUGUAUCCGCUUGCGACCCCAACCCGUGUCAGAACGGUGGACUCUGUGUCAACACGGCUGAUGGAGGAUUUGCUUGUUCCUGUACAUCCGGUUACCAGGGAGUCACGUGCACUUCCGACGUGGACGAAUGCAGCGCGCCAAACGACUGUGAUAGUAACGCUGUGUGUAGCAACACAUAUGGUAGUUACUACUGUACCUGUAACUCAGGCUACACCGGGAACGGAAAAACGUGUACCAGAGUCAGCCACUGCAAUUCGAACCCAUGUAUAAAUGGCCAGUGUUUCGAUAAUGAUGCACAGUAUAUCUGUAACUGCAACCCCGGUUAUACUGGUGUGAACUGCGAAUCUGAUCUGGACGAAUGUCUAAUGAACAACCCAUGCGGUUCGACUGCUGCGUGUGUGAACACAGUGGGAUCCUACACGUGCACCUGUCUGGCUGGAUACAGUGGAUCUCCGUGCACAGAUAUCAACGAAUGUAGCAUGGCCAACGACUGCGACGCUAACGCUAUGUGUUUCAACACUGACGGCAACUACACCUGCACUUGCAACAGCGGCUACACCGGGGACGGCAAAACGUGCACUAAAGUCACCCCCUGUAACUCUAAUCCCUGUGUUAACGGUUCCUGUUAUGACAAUGCUGAACAGUACACCUGUAUUUGCGACUACGGCUACACGGGAGUAAACUGUGAACUACCACCAGAUCCUUGCACUCCAAACCCCUGUCAAAAUGAUGGAGUUUGUACACCAAACGGAAGUGACUAUACCUGCGCAUGCACAAGUGUUCAGUUUGCUGGAAAGAAUUGUGAGUGUGUCUGGCCGUGUGAAUCCAACAGAAUCUUCUUCUACCCCGACUUCAAGAAUUCCACCCAGUAUAUCACGUGCGUGUUUGGAAAUAUAAAUGUCGGCUCAUGCGCAACAGGGGAGGCGUGGAAUAAUAUGCAGAUGGUGUGCGAAUAGCCAACAGCAGUAAAAUAUCAAACUCUUUAUCAGCACGUUUAGGGUUCUGUCGCUUUUCGGAUUACAAGCACACUAAAUUGACAGCAGGAAGCAAUAAGCAACCGACAAUACGAUUUCGUUUUGAAAUAAUAUAUGAAAUGUUUCUGUUUUAAAGGCAAUAAAAAUUUGUUGUAAAA